AUGGUAGGAAAUUUUAAGAAACAAAAGCUCAGCGAUGCAUUAAGCUCUAAGACGGUAGCUGAACAAACUUCCAGAAAUAAUGAUUCACUGAAAAGUACAUAUGAUAUGUCUUCUCUGACAUCACCAAGCUCGAUGUCUGAUGACGAAACGGGAGGUUCCACCAGCGAAGAGGACGUUGAAAGCGAGAGAGACAGUGAAUUCGAAGAAUCGGGUGAUGAAGAUAGCGAGAGCGAUCUUGAUGCUCUCAAACCUAAGAAAAAGAAAAACAAUGAUGAUGGCUCCACUUCUUUCGCAAAUGCAUUUAACAACAUCAUUGGAUCCAAGAUAAAGGCCCAUCAUAGGAAGGAUCCAAUUCUUUCAAGAAACAAGACAACUUUGAAAAAAUUAGAAUCCGAUAAGUUGGAAGCAAAGGCGAAGAGAAUGUUUCUUGCGGAAAAAAGGAAUUUGCGGGAUAAGCAUAGAAUGAGGGAGCUUUUGCCACUAAAUGAGCCUGAGAGGAUGAAUGAAUAUCUUAUUAAAGAAAAAAAACUUAGAAAAGUGGCCCAAAGAGGUGUUGUCCGAUUGUUUAAUGCUGUGUUGUCUACCCAACUUAGAACUAAUGAGGAAGUUAGUAAAGAGAAACUCGGUCAAAGAAAGAAAGACGAACUCAUGAACGAAAUGUCGAAAGAAAAGUUUUUAGAUCUUGUCCAUGCAGCCGGUCAAUCUUGA